AUGGUUGAAGCUCAGUCGACUCCACCCGGUGACAACAACAACGGGUACCCAUAUGCAAAGUUCAGUCCAUCCAUGGCGAUUAUCAUAGUAGUCCUCAUAGCAGCACUUUUCUUCAUGGGUUUUUUUUCUAUCUACAUCCGCCACUGCUCCGACACUUCCGGUGCUGCCGGAAGCGUCCGUCGAGCACUUUCUAUGCGAUCCCGUCGUGCAGGAGCCGCGCGUGGACUCGACGCUUCCAUCUUAGAAACUUUUCCCACUUUCUCAUACUCAGAAGUGAAGGAUCACAAGAUUGGAAAAGGAGCCUUGGAGUGUGCUGUGUGUUUGAAUGAAUUUGAAGAUGAUGAGACUAUUCGUUUGAUACCAAAGUGUGAUCAUGUGUUCCAUUCUCAGUGCAUCGAUGCCUGGCUCGAAUCUCACGUCACUUGCCCUGUUUGUAGAGCUAAUUUGGUUCCUGUGUCGACCGAUGGGCAGACACAGGAACCGGAGUCGAUUAACGCUAAUGAAGNCCGGAGUCGAUUAACGCUAAUGAAGAGAGCAAUGAAAACGUGGAAAGAAUCAACAGUUCAAGAAAUGAGGAACAAGUUGUUAUCCAAGUUGAAAGCAGCAAUGAAAAUCAGCCACAAGGGCAAGAGGGUGCUGCUAGACCGGGAAUGA